AUGGUACCGACACUCAACGUUGACAACCGUGGCAAUGGAUCGGCUGUUGAAUUCUUCUCUCACGCCAUGUUCACUCACGGCGCUGAUGGCGAAUAUCGAUGGCCUGACGUACGAUACUCAGGCAUUGGAAAACGAACAAUUCUCGAAGUUUUCUCUGCCCCAAGUUUGCGUUGCCAAGAAACCACGUCGAACCCAGAUCUCGAAGAACAAGUCUUUACGUACUACAGCAAGGAAAACAAACUGGAAGGUGCUGGAUCGGAGUGGGUGGCAGAUUCUGCAGAGUUCAUGGCGGCGCCGUACCCGUCCGGAGGUCAAUUUCUCUUUGAUCUAAGCUACCGGAGCCGUGAUACCAACAACAUGGCUCACAUGAGCUGCACAACUUUGGAUUCAACUUAUACGGCGUACGUCAAGUACAUGGACUGGAUACAGACGGUGACCGUUGACAUCACGGAAGGGCAGCCACUAAACGCUUCGGCGAUAGGUCGUUCUAAUCUGUUCUAUGAUGUCAUGCAAUCUGUUCCCACUGAGACGGGUUUCGCAUAUUCAGAUUCUACAUUCUAUAACUUUACAACCGAGGAGCUGUUCGAUAUGUAUCAUGGAAGUCAACUACGUACCAUUAGAGAUACCCUGGUCCGAGCUUUGAGUGGUGCUAUCUCAGCAUUCGGUACGGAGGGCUACUUUACAAUCAACACCCUCAUACAGGAGACUAAACUCGCAUAUCCGGUGUACAAACCGGAGAUAUACACCUUCUCCGACAUCUUUUUUGAUCUUUCGCCGUCUGUGAUCGAGGAUUUCAUGAAGAAUGUCACCAUAUCCAUGCUCAACGACUCCGAAGAUAAGAUCUCGACAGUCAUAACAGCCUCCAACUACAGAUCAGCUUACGUGUUCAAAGAUAGGAUCAGGCUCGUCGGUGCAUAUGGUGGCGCUCUCAUUGCUUGCUUAGCAUUUCUACUGCUCGGUUUCGGUGCACUGCUUCAAAAUGGCACAUCGGCGUCUUCUGGCGGCUUCCUUCAAAUCAUGUGCACUACAACACAUGGCGAUGGCACCAUGAAUAAGCUCGCGAAGGGGGCAAGUCUUGGGGGCGACGUUGGAGUACCAAUGGACCUAAAGAAUCUGAAUGUAAGAUUCGGGGUUGUCACUGGAAGGGCUGGCGAGACAAGGCACGCAGCGUUUGGGACUGUAGAGGAUACAGAGCCCCUGGUAAAGGGCUUGUGA